CCAUCAGACAACAGUCUUUCAAAUUCAAUUCGUUUGUUUUAGUGUCAAUUUACUUUUAACAAAAAUUAGAAACAUGAAUAAAGAAUCAAAUUACUCUGAGACCCUUAAGGACAAGUUUGGUUGGGAGGAAUAUACGGUAUUUUCCAUUGUACUAGUGUUAUCAACAGGGAUUGGUCUUUUCUAUGGAGUAUAUAAACGCAAAGAGCAAAGCAAAGACGAAUAUCUCAUGGGUAGCAGACAAAUGUCAGCAGUCCCCGUUGCCUUAUCCUUGAUGUCCAGUUUUAUUUCUGCUAUCGCGAUGCUGGGAAAUCCUAUGGAAGUGUAUUUAUAUGGAACACAAUACUUAACCGUUAUUAUUUCGUUCAUCCCAAUGACCUUUGUGCUCAUUUACGUGUAUGCCAACGUGUAUUUCAAAAUGCAGUUGACUUCAUCAUACGAGUACCUGGAAAUUCGCUUUAAUUCUGCAGUUCGGUACCUUGUUUCCAUCAUUAAUAUUCUUUACUUGAUAAUGUAUUGUUCUCUUGUGGUGUAUGGCCCAAGUCUUGCGCUGAACCAAGUGACUGGAUUCGACAUUAAUUUAUCGGUUGCCAUUAUAUUCGCCGUUUGCAUAUUUUACGCGUCAAUUGGAGGAUUUCGUGCCGUUUUGAUGACGGAUGCAUUGCAAGCAAUAAUUAUGAUUGGGUCAAUGUUGGCAAUUAAUAUCAAAGGUUUCUCGGAUGAAGGAUUUCAAUCAAUAUGGGAGAAACUGGAGGAAACACGCCGUAUAGAAUUUUUUCGAUUUGACACUGACCCUAGGACGAGGCACACAGUUUGGUCCAUUGUUUUUGGAGGAUUUUUCAUGUACCUGAAUUUUUUCGCCGGAACGCAGGCAAAUAUUCAACGGUACUCAUCCAUGCCUGAUUUGAAGACUGUGAGGAAAGCGAUUCUAAUCAAUUACGUGGCAUUAACUGUAAUGAUGACGUGCGUGGUCAUGAGCGGACUAAUUAUUCUUGGAAAGUACUUUCAUUGUGACCCAUAUUCAGCGAAAUUGAUCGAGUCCUCUGAUCAAACAAUUCCAUUCUUGGUGAUGGACAUAUUGGGCGACUAUCCCGGAUUGAGUGGAGUGUUUGUCGCUGGAAUUACGUGUGCUAGCUUAUCUACAGUUUCCAGUGGACUAAAUUCACUAGCAGCUAUAAUCACAGAAGAUUAUGUGAGAAAGUUUAAACCCGAUAUAUCGGACGCAGUGCUCCUGAACGUUUCCAGGAUUGUUUCUAUUGUGUCAGGGAUUCUCUCGUUUGGAUUUGUCUUCAUUGCAAUGAAUAUGGGAAAUAUUUAUCCUGUAGCAAUUUCGAUUGGGGGGAUGGUUAUGGGUCCAACAACAGGCCUCUUUACGCUAGGAAUUAUUUUUCCGUUCGCAAAUUCGUGGGGUGCUUUCCUCGGGGUGGUUUCUUCUUUCAUGUUCACAGGAUUAUUAACAAUCGGUUCAUCAAUCGCUGGAAUGAAUAAACUUUUACCAGACCAGUCACUCUCAGUUUCUACAGAAAAUUGUUCCGCCUACUUGUCGGGAAUAGACUUGGAGAACAUCAAACAUGUGAACCAUUCAUAUGCUCCAGGUUUUGAUUGGAAGGAACGCCAUGAAAAUGAUUCUCCUUACAUUAAGCUCGUUUCCACAUCUUAUCUCUUGUUCCACGGAAUUGGUGUGCUCGGCUCCGUUUUCUUUGGAUUAUUCUUUAGUUUGACAAUAAAACUGAGCAAUUUAGACAGGGAUAAACCAGUCAAAAAAGAAUGCUUAAAUGAGUAUUUUUUAACACUUUGGAAAUGGGUUGCACCAAAUCAAAUUGCAAAUUUAGUUGAGGAGAAAGAUACCUUAAAAAAUGGUGUAAGCGAUGAAACUAAUAAAACUCAUGGAUUGUAAACAUUGUAAC